GAGAGAGAGACAGACACAUAUAGACACAGAUAAAGAGUGUGUGAUGCUCUUAGUCUCAUGUGGAAUAACCAAGGAAGCAGCUCAGAAAAGGAACACAGAAACUCCUGAAGUGCUUUAUUUUUGGACGACUACCUCCUUAAUUUGACUUAAGCAGAUCCCAACCUUUUUUGUUUUCUUUGAACUUUUUCUUUCAAAUUUCUGUCUUCUGUCUCAAUCCCACCUUCUCCUUCAGUAGUCUGCAUCCUUGCCCCACCUGCUGUGUCCACACUUUUCUAUUUCUACCGGAGUGGUGGCGGCUGUUGGCUCUGUGCUGGUUCAAGAUGGCUGAAUAGUUGGUAAAAAGGUGGGGGGGGGCUUGCUCUGGUGGUUUUGCUGCCGGGAGUUUGCGAAGUUGCAGCCAGGACCAGGACAAGCAGGAGGAGGAGGUGGUGGAGGAGGAUGGCGGUGGCUCUGGACGAAGUGUGGGGGCGGGUGAAGAAUGUCUGCAAGCAGAACGGACUACUCAUCCUGUCUGUGCUGGCCGUUGUCAUUGGCUGCCUGCUGGGCUUCUUCCUUAGAGGCAAGCAGCUCUCUGAGCAGGAGGUGAAGUACUUCCAGUUUCCCGGAGAGCUGCUGAUGAGGAUGUUGAAAAUGUUAAUUUUGCCCCUUGUCGUAUCCAGUUUGAUGUCAGGUCUGGCUGCCUUGGACGCCAAGUGCUCCAGCCGCCUGGGCAUCAUGACCAUCUCCUACUAUCUGUGGACCACCUUUGUUGCCGUGGUGGUGGGCAUUCUCAUGGUAUACAUCAUCCACCCGGGUGGAGCUGCUCAAAAGGAGGACUCUGACGAGAGCAAGAAGCCAAUGACCAGCUCAGCUGACGCUCUGCUGGAUCUCAUCCGGUAUUUCCCCUUUGGGAUCGUGUUUCUGGUUGCUGGUAAGAUCUUGGAGAUGGACGACCCUUCAGCCAUGGGGAAGAAGCUGGGUUUUUAUGCCAUUACAGUGGUGAUGGGCUUGGUGCUACAUGGCCUAUUCAUCCUCCCGGCCAUGUACUUUUUCAUCACUAAGAAGAGCCCUAUCGUUUACAUCAGAGGCAUUCUGCAGGCCCUGCUCAUCUCCUUGGCCACCUCCUCCAGCUCUGCCACUCUGCCUAUCACCUUCAAGUGCCUCCUUGAGAACAACCACAUAGACAGACGCAUCAUCCGUUUCGUGCUGCCUGUCGGGGCCACCAUCAACAUGGAUGGCACCGCACUCUACGAGGCCGUGGCAGCCAUCUUCAUCGCCCAAGUGAAUAACUAUGAGCUUGACUUUGGACAGAUCAUCACAAUCAGCAUCACUGCAACUGCAGCCAGUAUCGGUGCAGCGGGAAUCCCACAGGCUGGACUCGUAACCAUGGUGAUCGUGCUGACCUCUGUGGGUCUGCCCACCGAUGACAUCACUCUCAUCAUUGCUGUUGAUUGGGCUUUGGAUCGAUUCAGGACCAUGGUCAAUGUGAUGGGUGAUGCACUGGCCACAGGCAUUAUGGCUCAUAUCUGCAGAAAGGAUUUUGUCAAAGAAGGGGAGCAGGUGCCUCUGAUCUGUGAAACUAAGCCCAUGAUAAGCAUUCAGCAGAUGAUGACCUACCAGAACCAGAAGAAUGGCUGCUACCAACCACCUCCACCAGGCAGCAAGCAGGGCCAACUCUCCCCGGACGUGGCUCGCCUGAUGCAGCUGGAGGAGGGCAUCCGGCCGCUAGAGAGGAAGAAACACGCUCAUUCCUCUCACCACAAGAGAGAGCACAGGGACAAGGACCACUGUUCCGUUGAUAUGAAUGGGCUGGAGACUAAUGUAUAGAAGCAACUGCCCUGCUAACGGCUACUGGCAAGUCUACAGCUGCAGGAGAGGAGGACAAAUUAAAGAUUGAGGUGACUAUGUUCACACGCUUUUUCCCCUCUGAGAAGGAGAGCGGCCCGGGGUGGAUGAAUGUAGAUGACCCUGCGGGAAAAAACAAGACUAUUUUUCUUUUUCUACAUAACAUAAAUAAUGACCUGCAUUUGAUUGUGUACGUUUGUGUGUGUGUGUGUACAUAUUUAUCAGAGAUGUAUUAUAUGGUACAAGCAGUGACAGUGUGCUGCUCUAGCUGACAGAGAGUUGAUGCCCCCAGAUGUGUGAAUCAACCCAUCUCAAAAGGAGCAGAAAUAGCAAAAACAAUAGCAGACAUAAAUAAAGGAACCUAUCCCUUUGUGGACUGUGGGGGGGGGGGGGGGACAGAAAAUAUCUCUUUUUAUUCAUUUCAUCUGGUUUGGUAUGUUAUGUAUGCAUAAUAUUGGUUGGGCAUUUUGUACAUUUCUUUUUUUGUCAUUCUGCUCUGUAUAAUGAAACUAAAAAUGUUGCCUGAGCAUUCAUCCAAUAAACUGGUAUCAGUUACAUGCACAACAAAGAGACAAAGAAACCUUCACUUCAACACAUGCAACAGUUUGGUUCACAUUUGGGAAAGAAACGUGUAAACUAUGUUAAAAAAUAAAAAGGGAUUAUUUACAAUUUCCCAAAUGUUCUCAGCUACACCUUUCCCUACCCUUCUCUGCCUUGUUGUCCUGAGUGCGAGUGAGUACGCGCCUAAAACCUGCAGUACUGUACGGUAAUUGCCAGAAUCAAGACAAAAAGAUGAUGAGGGUCACAAUGAAAACAAAGAUGAGUGUUUGCCCUUGUGUUGGAGUCAUGUUAAGUUUUCUUUGCACCCUAUUGUAUUUCCUCUUUGCCUUAAACGACCAAAGGAGAAGCAUGCAGGACCAGUGCGCUACUGACGUACAUCCAACAACAAGCUGACGAUCACAGGUCAAACUCGGAACUCUUUCCAUAUCUAUGUGAUAUAUGCUGUACAUGUGCAUGUAUUUCAAACGUUUA